AUGGAUACAGAAUCUGAUAAAUAUGGACGAAAUAUUUUGCAGCAAAAUAUUCGUGAUUUGCUUGAUUCCAGUCUGCCUGCACAAAUAUCUCAACUAGAAGAAAGUACUAGCCGUUUAGAGCAUUUAGCAGCUUAUUGUGAAGCCAACUACCUCCAAUCACAAAAUAAAGCAGACGCCCUACUUUCAACAAAACAAUGUACUCUCCAAAGCCUUGCUGGUGUAGCCUAUAUUGUUGGGGAAUUAUCUCGCUCUCUACAAAAUUCUUUAGAGCUAGAGCAAAUUAAUUUGUCUCAAAAGACGGGGGAAAUUGAAAAUAUCUGUCAGCUUAUUGCAAUCAGAAAAGAGAAGGCAGCAAGACGGGAAAUUGGCAAAUUGACAACUGCUAAGAAUGUGGUACGCCAAACAAAAAUAAUUUAUCCAUCAACAGAGGAACCAACUCCUCGUUAUCAACGGACAGCGAUUGAUUUUUCUAUUUUGGACGGUGUUGGACAUGGCAGACGCAUUACCACUUUACACAAUAAUGAUUAUGGAAGUAUUGGGCAUUCAUUAGGUGUUAUGAAUGCAUAUGCUGCUUUUGCUGGGCAUAUUUCGGGUGAUAGAUCUUUAUCAACAACUUCAGCUGAAAGCACUGAUGGGGUAGCUAUUGGUGGCGUUGUUCAACAGCAACGUUUACAACCCGUUUAUGACUACUAUUCUCGGUCGGGCAACUAUGGAACGCUAACUCGAGGUUCAAUCCGCUCCGCAAUGGGUGGCGAAGCAACUAAUCAAACUCAAUCUGCUCAUCAACAGUUAAAUUCUUCUCAAAACUACAAUCGUUACCAUUCUUCAAUGCUUCAGCCAGCAAUAAAUGUUGUAAGUCAACAACAGAUUUAUGGGGAUGGACAACACGCACGUUAUGCUUCAACAAUUGGAUUAAAUGAACAAACAAGGCGACAGACAAUUGGAAAUACAAAUAGAUAUAACAAUAAUAAUUGUGAUUAUGGAACGUUAAGACCGCAACAAGUAACUACAACAAUGCCAAUUCAAAGUGCCGUAUCACAACAGGAUCAACAUUAUAUGAUUAAUUAUGACGCUCUUCCUCUUCCCCCUCCUUUGUUAUUAAGUGCUGUAAACAUAAAGGAUGACCAACAUAUUCAACGGUUUGGCAAUGAGCACGAUGAUAGUUUUCCACUUCCCCCGCCUCCAUUAACAGUCGAACAAGAAUCUAUUAAUUGUAUGGCUGUCCCAAACUGGGUGCCUCAUCAAUAUAUCGAAAAAGCGUACGUGUUAUAUGAUUAUGAAUCAAGAAAUGCUGAUGAACUACGUUUAUAUCAGGGAGCGACUGUUUAUGUGUUGAAAAAGAAUGAGGAUGGGUGGUUUGAGGGAGUAAUGGAUGGAAUUACUGGACUUUUCCCUGGAAAUUAUGUUCAGACAUUACAAAAUUAA